AUGCGUGAAAGACCACUGGAACUCUCUGAAGGCGAUUCUCAGCGAAACGUGUUCCACGAUUCUAGGAAGAAAGAAGAGACAAGACAAGGAAUGGCUCUCAACGGACACUUGGAAACUAAUAGAAGAGAGGAGAAUGGUGGAAGAGAAAAUGAUUCAAUGCAAAGACGGACAGGAGAAGAGACGCUGAGCUCAACAAACACAGCACUGGGCAAAAAAGUGAAGAAGAGUACUAGGAAGGACAAAAGACGAUUCUACGACAACUUGGCCACUGAAGCUGAUAAGGCAGCAGGCAAAAAGGACCUGAUGGCACUAUAUCAAAUAAGCAAAUCUCUAUCCGGGAAGAGAUCAACACAAGUGAAACCUAUAAAAGACAGCCAAGGGAACCCAAUUACCAAGGAAGACAGACCAGUUGAACAUUGGGCGGGUCACUUCAUAGGACUCUUGAACAGACCACCACCUGCAACCCAUCCAGAAAUACAAACAACAGCACGUACAAAACUGCAAGUUGACACCAAUCCUCCAACGAAAGCUGAAGUCUUGAAUGCAAACAAACUUCUGGAAGCUGGAAAA